ACCUACCCUCAUCUCUGUACCUGCUCCCCAGGACCCUCUCUGUGCUGGUAACCUCCAUGGCCCCCAAAAAGCCAGAGCCCAAGAAGGACGAGGCCAAGGCAGCCUCCAAGGCGGCUCCAGCUCCAGCUCCAGCUCCAGCUCCAGCGCCCCCGCCUGAGCCUGAGCGCCCCAAGGAGGUGGAGUUUGAUGCCUCCAAGAUUAAGAUCGAGUUCACACCAGAGCAGAUUGAAGAGUUCAAGGAAGCGUUCCAGCUGUAUGAUCGCACACCCAAGUGUGAGAUGAAGAUCACAUACGGGCAGUGUGGGGAUGUCCUGCGGGCGCUGGGCCAGAACCCCACGCAGGCUGAGGUGCUCCGUGUCCUGGGGAAACCAAAGCAGGACGAACUAAACUCCAAGAUGAUGGACUUCAACACGUUCCUGCCCAUGCUGCAGCACAUUUCCAAGAACAAGGACACGGCCACUUACGAGGACUUCGUGGAGGGGCUGCGGGUCUUUGAUAAGGAGGGCAACGGCACUGUCAUGGGUGCCGAGCUCCGUCAUGUGCUGGCCACGCUGGGUGAGAGGCUGAGUGAAGAUGAGGUGGAGAAGUUGAUGGCCGGGCAAGAGGACUCCAAUGGCUGCAUCAACUACGAAGCCUUCGUGAAGCACAUCCUGACCAGCUGAACAUCUCACCCAGGGAGCCCAGGGAAGACCAUACUGGGACAUUCAUCUCCCAUUCAUGGUGCUGAGCCAGAGGCCUGAAGUUGUGGGAAGGAGGGGAGCACCUGGAGACUCCUGCACAAGCCUCAGACCUUUCUGCAUGGCCAUCAUCUCCCUGCAACCGGCUGUGGCUAUGUGACUGCGUCUCUGUCCCCAUGCCUUGGGCCUCAUGAAUAAAUGGUUUCCUCCCUUC